CUCACCACAGACCAAACCAAAAUAAAAUGAACUGUUACUCCAAACCGAUCAACAAAAAACUUUAAAAAGAAUCUCUAAAAAAGAGCAACAGAAGCAGGAGAGAGAGAGAGGGAGAAAAAAAAAAGGCUGAUGCAACCUUGUAGCCUCCUCCAUCUUCCCCUGUCCCUCGACCUUCCUCCUUCCCCCUCGGAACCAUCUCAAUCUCCUCUCCCACGUGGUAUAAUACCUAUACAUAGACGCACACGCACACGCACAAGCACAUGAACCACUACUACCUCGGCGACUUCCUCCUCUUCCUCUAGACUUCGUGCACUGCUCUGCUCCGGCCACCUCACCGGCGGCGGCCGCCGGCCGGGCUGCCCGUCCGCUCCCCGUGGAUCUUUGCUGGUCUUGGCAGGAAAGGCUGUCAGAGGGAGUGGAAUGCGCGUUGGUGAUUAGUAGGCCACCAAUAAUAUCAUCUCUCCUGGGCUUAUUUACCCAAUUUAUCAUCAGCUUCCUGAAAUCUACAUUCUGGUCAAAUGCCAUGAAGAAGAAAUCGUCUUGUGCUGAAUAAACUCAGCUUCCAACAACUAUGGGUGCUUGCAUAUCUUCAAGCAAAAAGCGGAGAUCACAAAUAUUGUGCUGUAUAUAUAGGCCUUACCGUGGAAAGGUUUUAAGCAAUGUGCCUAUAGUACGCGCCAGUGAUGUGGAGAAUUUUACUGCUUCUGGAGAAGUUGUCCAUGUAGGGACUUCUGCUGCUACUCGGCGGAGAUCCGAUGGCUCGAACGUUACAUUCCACCUCACACAAUUGCAGUGGCAUCACAGUAAGCUAGACACAGAGAAUGGACAUGUUGUGUGUCAAGAAGAAGCAUGGUUCGAUUCUGUCAGUAUUUUUGGGUCUGACUCUGAUGAAGACUUCAGUAGCGUCAAUGGAGACCUCCCUGCCAUGUCAAAUUCAGCAGGUACACAAUUAAUGCAGUGUGAAGAUGCUUCAUCCAUCGCUGAUGCCAUCCAGAAGUUUGAGAGUAUUUUUGAUGGUUCUAAUGUUGCUCAAGCUGUUGGACAGUACCUGAAAAGAGAUGCAAACAAAAUAGAUAGAUCAAGGCAAGCUGAUAUCCAAGAAGCAGAGAGGCCUAAAGUUGCAAGCCCGGAAGCAUGUGAUGUCUCUAGUGGGAAGGUUGAGGAAUCAAAGACAAGAAAUGAGGGUAUAAAAAUUCUGACAAAACUUAGAAGAGGCGAGGAUGCCUGCAAUACCUUGAAGUCUUUCAAAGAUGGAGAAAAGGCUCAUGAAAGCAUCUUCAAAAGUUUGACACCAGUGUGCACGCCUCGUCAUGCUAACAAGGUCCAACCAUUGGCAGUAGCAAGUCCGCGGGGCCAAAAGAAGAAAUGCGCGGUUGUCAGGCUAUCUUUUAAGAGGCAAUCUUUUGAUGGAGAACAAACUACUGAAAUAUGUUCCUCUAGGAGGUACUUGAUCCGUCCAAGAGCUGGAUUAUUGGUUCCUCAAGCCAGUGAGAAAAUUUCAGAAGGUUGUUGGUCUGUGCUUGAGCCUUCGACCUUCAAACUGCGAGGGGAAAGCUUUUUCAAGGACAAAAAGAAGUCUCCUGCUCCAGGUAGUUCUCCAUACACUCCAAUUGGUGUGGACAUAUUCAUGUCCCCAAGGAAAAUGCACCACAUUGCCCAGCAUAUUGAGCUUCCAUCUGUAAAGCCAAAUGAGAAAAUUCCUUCCCUACUUAUCGUAAAUAUUCAGAUGCCUACAUAUCCUGCUGCUAUGUUCCUUGGUGAUAGUGACGGAGAAGGGAUUAAUCUAGUGCUGUACUUCAGACUGAAUGAUAACUUUGAGAAGGAGAUUUCUCCUCAGUUUCAUGACAGCAUCAAGAGACUUGUAAACGAUGAGAUAGAAAAGGUUAAGGGUUUCCCACUAGACUCAACAGUCCCUUUCAGAGAAAGAUUAAAAAUAUUAGCCGGAUUGGUUAACCCAGAUUACAUGAAUCUGAGUUCUGCGGAGAGGAAGCUUGUGCAGGCUUACAAUGAAAAGCCAGUCCUUUCAAGGCCUCAACACAGCUUUUAUGUGGGAUCAAAUUACUUGGAGAUUGACCUUGAUGUGCACCGGUUUAGCUUCAUCUCAAGGAAAGGGCUCGAAGCAUUCCGAGAACGAUUGAAGCAUGGUGUAAUUGAUCUUGGUCUAACCAUACAGGCCCAGAAACAGGAAGAACUUCCCGAGCAUGUCUUGUGCAGUGUAAGGUUAAACAAAGUUGAUUUUGUCGAUAAUGGGCAAAUACCGACACUCCUGCCAUGCGACGGCGACUGACAAUUGAGCCUGCACCAAGUUAACUGAGCCUGAUGUUUUUUGUCAAGAAUAUUAUUAGCAUGGCAUUGGAAUGGAGGAAUUAUCGUCGUUUCGCUCUGCAAGAUGAACAGCUCUGUAGAAACAUGCGUGUAUAGUCAUGUUUUUUGGCAUUCUGGUUUUGCGAGCCAAAUUCUAUGCGAAGUCGACUUGCAAAUCAAGAAUUGAGAAUGCCAUAAGACUGUCUUUUUUUAACGAAGGAAUAAAACUUAUUCCGGCUUUUACACAAAGUUAUGCACGUAGCCUUUCAAAGGCUCUCUUAUCUAUUUUUUCAAUUUAUCUGUUCUCGGUCUGAUUGUUAGGCAUUGCUGAAAUCAGGGUUGCCUAUCUGUGACGCCGUGUUUUCAAGCUCAAAUAUACUAUUUAACAAAAUAAAAAUUUGACUUUCUUUUAA